AUGCCGCUCCACCUUCUGGGAAAGAAAUCAUGGAACGUCUACAAUCCGGAGAACGUCGCCCGCGUCCGGCGCGACGAGGCGCAAGCCAAAGCGCGAGAAGAGGAGGAAGAGCGCCGCAUGCAAGAAGUAGAUGCUGAGCGCCGAAUACAAAUCCUAAGAGGAGAGCGCCCAUCUACCCCUCCCCCGCCACCAGCCUCACCACCAUCCGCCGCGCAACACGAGAAGAGAAGCCGCAAGGACGAAGAACCCAGACGAUAUAAUCACAAGCGGAGACGUCUCGCCGGCGAAGACGACACAGAUCGUGAUAUUAGAUUGGCAAGAGAAGAUGCACAACUCGCGGACGGAACAAGGGCGGAGUUGUCUCGCUCGAAAACGAGUGACGCGCCGCUUGAAGAUGGAGCUGGUCAUAUCAACCUCUUCCCGUCUGAGGCAGGGCGCGCACCGGUGGAAAAGAAUGCCGAGGCGGAGACAGAAGCAACCGAGAAGAAGCGCAAAUAUGAAGAUCAGUACACGAUGCGUCCCUCCAAUGCUGCAGGGUUCAGUCAGUCUGUUGGCAAGGCACCUUGGUAUUCGUCUUCAGGGAGGGAAGCUCCUACGCCAGAGUCUAUGCCUGGAAAAGACGUUUGGGGAAAGGAAGAUCCCAUGCGGAAACAAAGGGAGAUGGCUCGGCUAGAUGCAAAUGAUCCUCUAGCGGCGAUGAGGAAGGGUGUCAAACAGUUGAGAACGGUAGAGCAAGAGCGCAAGAGAUGGAACGAGGAAAGAAGUCGAGAAUUGGAGGCUUUGAAAGCGGAAGGCAGAGAACCGUCAUUUUGGAGGGGUUCAAACUCGAUGCAUCUCCAGACAGACAGCGGGAUGACAGAGGCCGAGAAAAGAGUUCGUAUCGGCAUCAUCGGCAUCGGUAUCACCGUGAUAGGAGCCGUGAUCGCUCACGGUGGCACCAUUCGCAUUCGCAUUCGCAUUCACAUUCUCAUCCUCGUUCUCGUUCACAUCGUCAUCAUCGCGAUCACCAUGAAAACGGGAAUGAUGAUCGGAGGUCAUCUCGCAGACCAUAGAACAAACGGUGUGAUCUUACUAUGA